AUGUCUCCACUCUCAAGAUCUGAAGGUAAAAAAGACCAAGCUGUUGGUAACAUGAAGGAUACCGUUGGUAGUGCUUUUGGCAAUGAAUCUCUCCAAAGCAAAGGCAAGACACAGAAUGCAACUGGUCGUGGUGAAGAAGGAGGUGCUCAAAUGUCUGAUUACAUAAAGGGUACUGCUAAUCAAGCUAGUGGAGCUGUUAAGGGUGCUUUUAACUCUCUUACAGGCGAUACAUCUGCUGAAGCAGCUAAUAAGUGUCAACAAAAGAAAGGAGAAGCUCAAAAGGGAUUCAGCAAUUAUUAA